CGCCACCCUCCUUCUACAUCACAUCAUAUAAAUGAUAUCAACAUCAUUCUUUGUAUUUUUGCUUUUGGUCAUUUUCCGUUUCCCAAACGCGAAUUAGUUUCUCAGUCUUAAGCUGCCAUCCUGAGUAGCCUUAGCUUACCCUAACUCUCUGCAAUGUCUUCUUUAUCUUUAUUGUAUGCAUUCCUCUUUAUGGCCAUGGCUGCACCUCGCUCAAAUGUGGCAGGAGGUGCAACGUAUUGUGUGUGCAAGGAAGGGAUAAGUGAGAGUGUGUUACAGAAGACACUGGACUACGCAUGUGGGAAUGGAGCAGACUGCAACCCCACUCACCAGAAUGGGCCAUGCUUCCAGCCCAACACUGUGAGAGCUCAUUGCAAUUACGCGGUCAAUAGCUUUUUCCAGAAGAAGGGUCAAGCUCCCGGCACUUGUGACUUCUCUGCCACUGCCUCUGCCACCGCAACUGACCCUAGUACAACUACUUGUGUUUUUCCUACUAGUGCAAGUGGAGCGACAGCAUCAACAACCAGUAGCAGCAACUCAGGUGUGAUGACAAGUCCUACAGGCGAUAGUUUAGGAGGCGGGAUGAACAGUGGAUUUGGCCCCCCUGGGGUAGGAAAUAGUAACGCCGACAUGAAUGAAGGUGGGAUUUCGCUGCUAAGGAGAUCCCUUGUACCCUCCAUCCCCACCAUCUUAUUAGCAGCACUCAGGAUGGUUUAGUUAAGAUGAUGAAUUGAUGUUGAAUUGGAAGGUUUUCUUGUUUUCCGUGGACAGCCAAGCCAAGCUUAUUGUGUACAAACUCUAGCUUCUCCUCUCUCUCUCUCAAAUGUGUUACCAACUUCUACAUACAUUCUUAGGGCAGAGCACGGA